AUGUCUUUGAUUGAAAGUGCAUUGGAACUUGAGGAAAUCGAAAUAAAUCAUUACAGAAGUAAAACUUUAUGGGUACCUCUAGGAGGCAGAGGAGUUUUUGGUGGGCAAGUAGUGGGCCAAGCACUCAUGGCAGCAAUAAAAACUACUCCGAAAGAAUUUAAUAUUCACUCUUUACACUCUUAUUUUAUUUUACCUGGCAAUAAUAAAAUGCCUAUCCUUUAUGAAGUUGAACGGAUGAGAGAUGGUAGAAGUUAUUGCACGAGAACAGUAAAAGCUAUACAGAAAGGGCGAUGUAUAUUCAAUUUGAUUUGUAGUUUUGCGGUUGCUGAAUCUUCAGGUUUAGAGCAUCAAGACCCCAUGCCUGAAUGUCUGGGUCCAGACAAUUUUAGUUCUCAAGAAGAGUUAAUGCGAGAAUUUGUCAAACAAGAAAAAGUACCUAGAUGGUAUGCAAAGUACUUGGAAAAGAAAUUAGAAUUAGAGAAUUCGCCAAUUGAGAUUCGUAAUACAGAGAUUCUCAAAAAAAUAUGGAUCAAGGCAAAAGGAAAAUUGAGUGAUGAAAUUUCUCUACAUAAAGGUGCAAUUGCAUAUGCCAGUGAUUUUAAUUUACUUUAUACUGCCGCUCGACCACAUGGAAUUUCUCCAAUUUCUAAAACGCGGAUAGGAAUGAUGGCAUCAUUGUGCCAUUCUAUUUGGUUUCACGAUUUAAACUUUAGGGCUGAUGAAUGGCUUUUAUAUACUAUGGAAACUCCUAAAGCUGCAUAUGGUCGUGCAUUGGCUUCCGGACGUAUUUAUACUCAAGAUGGAAGAUUAAUUGCUUCAGUAUCCCAAGAAGGUGUAUUCCGUAUUGAUAUCGAUAAAAAGAAAUCAAAACUAUAA